UCAGUCGCAUGUCGUCUGUCAUCGUUUGUAAACGCGCAUUUCUUCAACGAGCUUUCGCCGCCGCCGCAUUAGGAAGAUUUGAAUUUCGCACAGCGUGUUGCGUCGGAUCCGAAGGACACAGUCCCGCUGAAAGUUUAACAUUUAUCGUGAGUUUGGUGACGUUUUAACGGUGAAAUAACGGCGUCACGUAAAUCAAAUCAUUUCGUAAGAAGACAGCCGGAACGUACGAGUUGAAUGUGAUACAUUGAGCAUUCGGUAAAAUAAUACCGCAUCCUCAGUCUAGUACGUGGAAACCGGAAUGAUCUCGCACACCAGAAAGCACAUUUGCGGUUUUUCGUUGACAGUGUGUUCUCUUGUGUGCGUUAAACUUGGAAACGCAAAAAUACAAGAUAAAACUUCAAGCAUAUUAUGAAUUUUCAAACAAAGCAGUUCUAUACAAAUCCCCGGGUCAACAACUAAAAAAAACUCUCAAAUGACACUUAUUAAUAUAUAAAUAUCAUAACAACAACUGUUUCUGUACAAUUUGUCAACAAAUUUAUGUUGACAACUAUUAUGAUUAAACUCUUCGACACUAGGAUCUCGAAUUGAGUGCCUCCACCCACAUAAAACAUCCCCUCGUCGUCAUUUUUUAAAACAAUUGUUUUCCGUGUAUGAGUGCCGUGCCGAGCCCAUGCUUCAGGGUUCUGUUAGUUCAAGUGAAAAAUUGUCAGUGAUUACUCAGGUGGCCAUAAUGCGACUACUUUUGGGGCGGUGUUGAAUAACGAACGACUCUUCAUCUCACAGCAGCCCGCGUGAACUAGUGCAUAAAUUACGGAAUCAAGGAGAUUUCUCAUCAACCCCACCCUCCCUCAAGCUGGAUUACGGAAUCGGAUUGGCUUCCAUCUUCAUCUGCAGUUUUAGUGAUUCACACUUUCCUGUUUCGGAACUGGCAGAUGUAGAGUGCUCUUCAUCUUUCAACUCCAGCAAUUUGAACGAGAGCAAGACCCGUGCACGCGUGCGUGGUUGUCGAACAGUUUAAAGUCAAUAAGUGACACCGCUCUCUGGUCGUCCAAAACGACACACGACUCACGAUAAGUGACUGACUACAGGCGCAUGCCAAUAUUUGUUUUAGUUUUUUGCUUUUGACCGUCCGAAGAAUAAGAACAGAAAGUUCAAGUUAGCGACUGUGGAGAAGUGUGUGCGCGCGCGUAUCGCAGUAAGCAGUGACUGCUCAGCUUGAUUGCGGAGGACUUUGUGCUUCUGGAAUUGGCGCAAAAACCAGUAAAAAACCAACCGGCAGAAAUGGCUUCGCAGAUUGCGUCGGCGAACGCCGACAUCACCACCAUCAAAGAUGAGGAUCUCCUGCGGAAAAUGUGGCACGACGCACAGGACUUCGGGCGCAAACGGGAGAUCCGUGCGCAUAUGUACAAACUGCGCGAGGAGCGCCUGAAAGCCCUAUACGCCCCCGGAGACGCCCCAUCGAUAGCUCCGUCCUCGCCGUACAUCAUGGAGCAGCACAACACCAGCAGUGCCAAGUUCGGACUGUCCAAGACGUCCGUCACCGGAAGUCACGGCGAUUCGCUCGCCGACCAGAGCUUCGAAAGCUUCAAAACCAAGGAAAUCAGAGACUCGGAAAGCCCCACUCGAUUCGGAACCGUCAUCCCUUCAGACAACAGCGGCUGGCACGUUACAUCGUCUGAAGAGCGCAGUGCUGACGGUAAGACCCACACCCUUCGAAGUUCAGCCACUACCGAAGGAACGAAGGACAUCCAAGGCGGACGCACCUCGUUCACCGGCAAAAACGAAGAAGUUAGCAGCGAGCGCUUCGAAGGCGACGACAAGAACUUUGUCCGCAGCUCCGGAGAUCAAUCGGCCACCUUCCUGGCGGAGAAUACUGUCCUCGAAGGAGAAGACGGCAGCACAAUCUCCAAGAAAUCCACAUCAACGUCUUCCUCUUCGACGAAAGUGGUCCGCUCGCAGCAGACCUUCGGCGACACCAUCGAAUUACCUCCCGCCAAUACCAAUAUUCCGGAGUUUAUGUGCGGACACACGGCCAGUACCCGAGAGGAAUCCACAAAAACCACUACUCAAACGCAGGAAACUGAUGGCAACGUAACCAGCAAACACCUAUCAAGCGAUCCAGACCGUGUCAGUGAAGCUUUCCGCUUGGCAGAGCUUCCCGGCAAGGUCAUCGAACGAGACGUCCGAAUGAUCAACCCCUCCACUAGGAUGAUCACCAUCACCAAAAAGCUCGAAGAUGGAACAACUGUCACUACUCGAAACUACGAAAAGGUCGGCGUGGAACCGGAGAAACCCUUUGACCAGCAAGCACAUGCGGAAACUCAGAAACGGCUCAACGCAGCCGUCGAAGCCCUGAACAGCAAGAGUCGAGACGAGAUCGAGCACCGAUCGGUCAAGAAAGACAUCACCGAGAAGGUUACCAACUUGCAGUUCAUCGCAGAGGAACGUUCGGAAAGUGAGCGAGUCGAGCAGGUCAAGAAACAACAGCAAGAAGCCGUCACUCAGCAGAAGGUCACGAUCGAGGUCGAUCCAGCGCACGAUUCCUUCGCCCGUUCACUUCGUUGCGUUUCGCCUACCGAGAGCACACGCUCGGUUCGCUCGAACUCAACCACAGGGCGAUCCAGCGUCAGCCCGGACAAAUCCACCCGUGGAAGACGCUCUCCGUCGCGGGAAUCCGAUACUAGUCGCCUCAGCACCCACACAACUACUCGUUCCAGUCGUACGGAUGUGUCCUCCAAGGACUACAUGAAACCGACCAUCACAUCUGAGCGAAAACAGUCAACCUUCAAGGAAACGGUCAUCCAGGAAUCUUCAACUUCGGAAGCGUACGAUACGGUUGACAAGACCAAGCUCAGGGAACGCUCGCUUAGUCCGAGGAAAGUUCCGCAAAACUCUCCGGAUAUGACUCCACGUGGUCAAUCCCCGGACAAAUUCGCCCGGAAUAUCUCGCCUAGCAAGACUCCUAAAGAAUCUGCUCCGUUCUGCUCGGUUGAUACAACUCCCGUCAAACGCGAGUCUUCUCCGGUGAAACUAACCUCGGAAAAGUUGAUUCGUGAGAACUCGUCCGAGUCGUUCAACGUCGACACGACGAUCACCAUUUCUACCACGGAAGACAAGCAAAAGCAACAUCAAAUGCGAGAGGAUGUUGAACUGAUCGACACGAAGAAGAUUGUCAGCGAGAAUGACGAUAUUACGAUCAACGUCAAGCUAGAGAAUGUUACCGAUGACAUCGAAGUAACGACUACAGUCGAGGAAGUUGGAUUGGAUGAAAAGAAGUCUACAGAAGACCAAGAAACAACCAAGUCAACGAAGACUCCGAAGCAAAAGCCACCACUAGUGCGAAGCGAAACUUUCGAAGAACGAUGCCGUAGGAUUUUGGGAAUGCCCGAAAAGGCUGACAGUAUUGAGGAGACUACCGAGGAAACGAACACGUCCAGCGUGUUCAGCACCUACGACAAUACGGUAACCCGCAGCUCGGAGAUCCGCGAGAAGCGCAAAAAGCUAGAGCAAGAAAUCAAAACCAUCGAAAGCGAAACGAUGAGAGCUGCUCGGAAGACGAAUGAGUUCCUUGCAGGCGAACGACGCCCAUCAGCACCGGCGAGUUCCCCCGAUCGCAAGGCAGGCACUGCUUCGCCAACGAAGUCUACAUCUCCAGUUCGUAAGCACUCCCAACCUUCGCCGGAGCGCCGACCUCAGCCAUCGAAGGACUCCUCACCGAUCAGGAAGCACUCGCAGCCUUCGCCGGAGAGACGUCCUAAGGAGGAAGCCCCCGCCAAGAAACCUACCGAAAUUAAGGAACAAUCACCCAUCAGGAAGCAUUCUCAACCUUCUCCUGAUCGUCGUCCAAAGGACGAACAAUCACCUCAACGGAAACCGGUGGAACCAAAGGACGCCUCUCCAGUGCGAAAACAUUCGCAGCCAUCUCCCGUUUGUAAGCCUUCCGAGCAGGUCAAAGAACCCUCUCCGCACCGUUGUUCGCGAUCACACGAUCGUUCACCGAGUCCCAAGAUGGAAAAGUCUCCCGUUCAAAAGGUUGCCCCGACUCAAAUCGAUUCCACUGUUGUAACCAAAACCACAACUUCGAAGGCCGAAAUUCUCAUCAACCAGAAGAAGGAAGGUAAGAACACUUCGGUUACGGAAAUCACGAUCCAACCGGUGAUCGACGCCAAGAAGUCCGACAAAGUUCUCACCAAGCAGACAUCGGACACCAAAUUCGACCGGCGCUCAACCAGCAGCCGUGUAGUGACCAACAAGAGUUCGUCCGACUUCGACGUGAAACGCAAGGCGUACAUUGCCGAAAAGACGGAAUCGGAGAGGCCUGCCCGUACGACGACUACCAAGGUUAGAACUCCAGCGACCAGUCCAGAAAAGCGCCGUCCAUUGGACACCAGUCCAACCAAGACGGAUAAGACCAAGCAUCACAUAACGGUGGCCAAGAUCAAAAUCGAGCCAGUUCGUAAGCCUUUACUGGCCAAGGUUGUCGUUGAAGAUCGCUCCUCCAAGGUCGGACGGACCUCGAAAUCUACGAAAAAGGUCGUUGAUGAGUACACGGAACCGGAAUCCGACAAGGACACCGGCAUCUCGGACAAUGAGAUCGAGGAUGAAACGACGACAGUGGAAACGACCACUACUACAAUAACCACUACCAAGAAAUCUGAUCGUAAGGACUCAGCCCCGGUGAGCCGAAUAUCCGGAAGGGUAGAGAAGUCAUACGCUCGUUCGUCAAGCGAUAAUGUCCUGAAAUCAAACAACGUCACGAAGAAGACAACCGCAGCGAAGAGCGCAACGGCAACUACCACAACAACCACUGCUUCAACGACGAAGAAGAUUGAGCGCCCGGUGAAGUGUGUUACAACCAAGACCAUCAACCUGUCAGCCAAACCAACGAUCGAUUCGGACAUUCUGGACAACGUAGUCAUCGACAUCCAGCACGCCAAGUCAUCGCGCGAGCCUACUCCGAACAAGCUGAUUCCGAUUCCGGUUUCACCAGACGAGGAUACCGGCAAGCCUCGCUAUCCAGAUGCGGUACAGGAACCGGACGAUGAACCCAAGCACGCCCCGAAGGUGAGCAAUGUCCCAAUAUUCGAGGAAGCUACCAACGAAUACAUCGGAUGUGAGAUCACAGAAGUGGAAGACCACGAAGUGCGAGCUGCCCGUGCCUGCAGAAUUACCAACCUAGAUCGUGUGACCGAGGAUGAUGAAUCGCUGAUGAGCGUCACCCAGAAGGUGUCCAAGUUUGUGGAAGAAGCCAACAAGCUGAAGGACGCUCAGUCGAAAACGCCAAACCGAUUCGUUCGAUGCGAGUAUGACGACAUGGACGAACAUCUCAAGUCGGACGAGUGUCUGCUGAGCGUGUCGGAUAAGGUUACAAAAUUCAUCUCGACUGCGGAAGAGGUCAAGAAGAUCAAGACUUCGGGACCGUUCGUGCCGGAGUGCAAGGUUACGGUGGACGUGGUCGAGUCGGAUGAAUGUUUGAAGAGUGUGAACGAGAAGGUUUCCAAGUUUGCGACUGUGGAUAGUCAGAAGACUACGGAAAGGAAGACGACAACGAUGAAGACUACGCUGGACGACAUAGAUCGUAGUUUCGUUGAGGAAGAUGACGAUUCGCUGCUGAGCGUUUCGGAGAAGAAGAAGAAGUUCAUCUCCGGAACGACUGUUCCACAGAAGUCUCCGGAACUGGUGAAGAACGUCAUGAAGCAGACUAGCAAGCACGAGAGGAAUUUGGAUGAGGAUGUUGGCGGAGUUGAUUCGGAACACAGAACGAACAUCACGGAGCGCUACACGACAGCUACGCUGACGAAGCCGAAGGACAAGGUCCCACAGAGCGUAGCACUCCGUAGCACCGAGGCUGUGAAGAAGGCCAAGCAAUUGUUCGAAAAUGGAAACAAACCUGCAGCAGCAGAAUUGGCUAGACAGAAGGAUAUUUUGAGCCGUCCUUCGAUUUGGGAGGAUCGUCGAAAGAAAGAACAAGUAGCUACGGUAACAACGAGUCAGAAGGACGUGAAACUGACUGAUAUUGGCGUUUAUAAGAAACCGCAGGAGAAGGUUGAACCUGAGCCCUUGAAGGAAGAACCGGUGCAGCCCAAGCAAGAGGCACCAAAAUCACGUCGGGACAGUGGUCCGAAGACUCCCGCAUACAUCAAGGAUACGGUGUCUACCAAAAAGGACCUGUUUGAAAAGCGAAUUUCAUCGUCGAAGCUGGAAACCAGCGAGCUCAUCAAGUCUACCACUUCUCAGGAGGACCGAACCGAGUACAUGUCAACUGGCAAGCGUCCUUCCAUUACGGAGAAGUAUGAACGCACCAUCGCUCGGGAUACUCCAACCCCUGGAAACAAGCCGUCGUACAUGAAUCACACGGUGAGCUCCCUGGAGCACAUGAACAACGGUCGUCGGGAGUCUAUCGAUAUGACUCAGCGUUCGUUGAAGGUAGAGGAAACUGUUCAGCAACAGGACACCAUCAAGUCUACGAGUAAAUAUGACGCAGAUUUGAAGCGUGCUGAUUCAGGAAAGAACGUGCUGGCAGCCCAGGUGAAGCGCAAACCUUCCAUUGAUUCCACAAUCAUCGAAGACAUCUUCGAGCUUGAGGUUCUGGAGAAAAUGCUGGAGUCGGUAACUGGCUAUGAGCAGCGUCGGCGUAUCCGGGCGCAGAUUCGGCUGGUGAAGAAGUCGCCAGCUUCCUCGGUGACGACUACCACUACGACCACUACAACAACCACGAGAACAAACAGCCGCGUUCGGGAGCCUAGUCCAAAGCGUAAGGAUUCGAGCCCUACUCGACCGAUGACAAUGCGAAAGGGUUCGCAGGAUACUGAGGCCAGGGUAACGAAGACCGUCGAGGUGGAGAAGAAGACUGAGCAGGCUCCGCGCAGUGCAAGUCCCACGAAAUCCAAACCGUUGACCAACGGAAAGGCAACUACGGCAACGUCGACGGUUACUACCACGUUGAAGACUUCCCGCUUUGGGGAACGGGUUGUGCCACAGAAGGAGGUUAAGGAAGAUAAGCCCAUUUGGGCAACGAGUAAUAUUCUGAAAAAGGUUUCGGAAACAACGCGUAGCUUCAGGACAACAUCUACGACUAGUACGCCGAAGAAGACUACAACAACAAUGCGCGAUGUGCCGAAGGAAACCAAGCCUACGGAUUGUAUUACUUCGAGUUACGGUGUGGGUCCAACCGACGAGAAUGGAUUGCCUCUGUUUGGCAUAAGGGCACUGAAGAAGAAAUCCGCACCAGCUCCGGAGCCGGAAACUACGACUAAGGUCACCGGAUCGAUCUUCACGGAAACCCUGUACUCGGAGAACGGGUCAGCUCCAGUCGGUGAACGAAAGACCACGCUCUACUCGUCGGAUGCCAAGGAUUUGGAGAACAUGAAUUUGUCGAGUAGCAAACGAAGCUUGGCUGAGGUUCGCGAGAAGCUGCUGGAACGUGAAAACUCCCGCAAAGGACUGAUCUCGGUGACGAAGACGGAGAAAAUCGGCAACGGAACAAGCCAUGUGACGACCGAGGUUGGUGCUCUGGAAGAUCUACCCCAACGGGAUGCCAAGGUUGUCCGAAAAGGUUCCGUUAGGGAGCUCACGGAGCGCUUCGUGCACAAGGAAUCCUCUUCAUCGCUGAUGUCGGAGAAGACCUACCCGAAGGCUGGCCUCAUCCUGCGAUCUACCCAUAGCCACUCCAGUCGUUCAUCUACCCCGUGUGAGAACAUGUCGCUCCGGUCCGGAUCCGUGGACUUUGACGAAAACGACAUCGAACUACGAACGAGCGCGGCCAAAUCUUCCUUCCGAACGACGUCAAUGGCUGCGACCGAGGCGGAGGAAUGCGAAGACGGAGGAGUAGUGUUCAGGAAGAGUCAGAGCAGUAGCAGCAGACAGCAGCAGACGAGAUCGUUCCUGAACGACGGGAGCCGGGUGUCCGGAGUGCAGGACGUGCUGGAUCGGAUGCGGAAUGCCGAUAAUGUGGAAGAAUCUGGCGACAGCGCAGAAGAUCGGGAAGCGCGUGCUUUGCUCAAUAAGUUCCUCGGAGCGUCGGUGUUGAUGAGCGGCAUGGAGUCGAUGAUGGCCAGCAGCACGAAGGAGGAAAUGUCGACAGCUGAAGGUUCCUCCGCGCCCGGUUCAAAAAAGGUCUCCAAAGUAACCACAACCCGCUCCGUCAAGUCGACUGCCUCUUCGUCGAGCAACGCCCCGAAACCGAGCAUCGAGAACCUAGAGCAGAUCUGGGACGAAGCCGUACUAAAGCAAUUGUUGGAAUCGUCCACUAACUACGAGGAACGCCGCAAGAUCCGAGCCCGUCUACGACAGAUCAUGGCCGAAAAAGAAGCCUGUGCCGACAUCGUGGCCAGCGUAACGGCCGACCUGCAACGCGAACGGCAACAACUCCAGCAGCAAAAGAGCAACGACUCCAGCGGCAGCGGCAUCCACGGUGAGUCGCUCUUGUUGCCCCUACUGCAGGGCAUACUGUUGCACAAUAAGAGCGGUGCUGGGGGCCAGAUCGGUACGGGUAACGGCGGCUCCACAGCCGUCACCUUACCGAUUCCACCGGUCGAAGACUCCGGCACAGAGUCCGGCGAAGACCUGCGGCUCCUAGCGGCCGGUUUGCAUGACAACAUCGAAAUGUACCGCGGUAUUGGUGUCGGAAACGCCGUCCUCAAUGGCGGUGUCAAUGGUGAUGGUAGUAGUGUUAGUAAUGGUAGAUUGCCGGUAGAUUCCGGCGAUAGUAUCUUGCAUGAGGUGACGGCUGCCCUUCAACGGUUACAACUGUCUUUGAGGGAUGGGAAAAAUAUCCAACUAGAGUCAAACAAACGCAACGCUCUCCUAACUCUUGUCAAUCGACUCCAGACCGGUCUUAUGCAACCCGACAAACUCCCCGACCAGGUUUCCCCCGUCAACGAACUUGCCGACGAUAACGCAGACGACAAGGUGGACUACAAUCAGGCUCGACGUGGAAGCGCACGGUUCGCGAAACGAAGAAAUCGCAACAACCGCCACACGGUCGGAGUCAGUCGUGAAGAACUGGCCGACGCUCGGCGAUUCAUCGAAGAAAUUGGUCGCAUGGAAAGCCUGUCCGCUCACUCAAACUCAGCUACUCCGGAAAAAUCCAAAACUCCGGAAAAGCCCCUUCUUCCGUAUUCUCUACAGAAACAGCAGUCUCUCGGUACGGUUCUUCCUUCCACCCCAUCAGUACCCACAGCCUCCACGUUCGCCAUGAAGCGUCCCAGUCAAUUUGUCCCCAAAGAACUGAAUCAAAACCCUGAUCCACUCCCACUCGUCAACGGCCGCGAUCGCAAAGCGAAGCAGAGACUCUUCCGUCAAUCGCAAAGCUUUGAACAACCAUCGAUUAACGGAUACGAACCUGCCGUGGCGCAACAUAAGCCCAUCGACGUCAAACCUGUGCCCAAGAAUGAACCAUUCAAAAAGCCCGUCCAGACGGCAGCUCAACGCGCACUGGUCAAAAAGUACGCCUUCAACGAUGGCUCCACUUCGGAAGACGACGAACCUCGCAAAACCGCUGAACAGGUCGUUCUUCAGAAGAACACCCCCAAGGGUUCGACCGUCGUCAAUACUGUCCAGAAAAUCGUCAAUCGCGAAGUGAAACAAGAGGCUCCAACGAAGUCCGUCCAUACCUCGAUAGCUCGUAAAACCGCCAUCCACAGAAGUCACAUUCCGGAGUCCCACGAGGCGCCUGUUUCUACGGGAGACAGGCCCAUGAACAAAUACACCAGUAAAAAGCUCCGCAUGAAGCGAGCCAACACGAUCGACAUCCCGAAGAAACUGCUCACUAACGGUGCAGACUCCGACGAUGAUUCCGAAGAAGACCAACCGAUCAAGCCCAAGGAACGUCCACGCGAGGUCAAAGCCAAGACUCCGGUCGCAACGGCUCCGAAGCCAGCACCCGUCGAAGUGCCAGACUUCAAACCCAAGACUGAUAACGACAUGAAAUUCAUGGCCUUCCUGCAGAAGCAGAAUCAAGCCACCAAGCAAAUGUGGACCAAUCCGGUUAAGGAACACGUUGGAACCAACAAUUGGACCAGCAAAUUCGGUCAUCUGAAGAACAACUUUGAAUCCGUCGGCAGGCAGGGCAAUCAACCGGCACCGAUGCGUAGCGCUCCCAAAAGUUCAGCAAUGAAUUUCUGGAAGAAAGCCGAGAGCAACUCCUUCGACGAGUCUUAUCUGCGUCAACAUGCGAAACCUCCGAAACCGAUUCACACCAACCACGUGGCUCCCAAACCGCCAACCCUACCAAAGCUUCCUCCCAAACCAGCAAACAACCCAGUUCAACAACCGCCGGCUCUUCCGGCCAAACACAAAACUGCUCCGCAGCCGCUUCCACAGUCGGUUGCUGUGAGCAAACCUGAACCCAAGCAUCCGCCUAUGGUCCCUAGCCAGUUCACCCACGCCCCCACUUCUGCAUUUAAACCCAUUCCUAAGAAGCUUCCCCCGACCAACCUGGACUUCAAACCCAUCCACCAGGAACCCGAAAUCAUCAAACCCAUCCCUUCGAACGUUUCCUGUGGAAUCGUCAAAAACAUCGUAGCAUCCGGGUUCAAGGAAACUCCCGAAGUCAAACCCGAACCGAAGCCGGUCCAACUGGGGCUGGUCAAGUCACUUGCGGCUGCCGGUUAUCACGAAACUCCCUAUGUCCCACUUCCCAAAAUUGAAAGAACUCCAACGCACCAUGUGCUCAACUAUCAAGCCCAGAAUCCGGAACGUGCCGAGUCUCCAACUCCACCAGCUCCAUGGGUUGGUAAGAAAACUGCGGAGAGUAACGGUCGCGUGGCCAGUAUCGCUUCUACCAAGUUCACCGCGAACCAGUUUGGCAUGAACAAGGGCUCUCUGCCCGCCCAGACUUCGCUAACCUACCAGGGUUCACUGAAAUACGAUGAGAAGCCACUUAGCUUCCAAGUGGCUGAUCGUAUGCAAGGGAAGCGUCCUUCGCUGCCGGAUGUCCACAAGGCUACACUGCCUGCGGCAGCGGAUAAUUUCAUGUACACUUUCACGGAUUACACUCAACCGGAGUCUGUGUCCACGUUCUCCUUGAACCGUAGUGAUUCACUGACGAAUCCGGAAAAUCAACCCCUAGUGUUGACCAACACCAACUCAGUGUACAGCCCAGCGGGACAGCAGAUGACCUAUCUGGGAGUGAAUGAUCGUCGGGACUCCUCUUCUCUGUCGCCGUCAAAUAUCGUCAUCCCCAUUGACGACGACGUGGACGAUUUGGAAUCGUUGGACUCGCAGGAAAUGCGAGUGGUGACGAAGGUCAUGCGAGCACCGGUGAGCCAGCAAGCCAGCUAUUCCAGUAACAAACCAUCGCAUUUGAACAGUGGCGGAGGCGAAGAUCGCGGUUCUAUGAUUGCACAGAAUCUUCACACUUCGCUGAAGAAGAUCCAGCAGAAGAGCCCAACGCCGCCGAACAAGAUUGCCAUAGCUGCAGCGGCGGCGGCUCAGAAGCGAUUCUCGCAAGACUUCAGCAGCUCAUCCGACGGCCAUUCACCGUACGGACAACGAUCCGUACCACAGUUCGCCGUUCCAAAGGUGGAGAUCACUCCUCAAACUCCUGCUACCACUGUUCCCCUAGCGAAACCUUCCCAAUUCAGUUUGCCUGCGCACGUGAUUUACAAUAAUGUGCAGGGCAUGCCUCAGAGUCGCCCUGCGUAUCAACCGGCUCCACUGGCUCGUACGGAUUCCUGGGUGCGUUUGAACCAACAGCAAGCUCCGAAUGCGCUAUCACGAGCCAAGUCUAGUCAUACCUUGGCGGUCCCCCCGAGCUACGACGGAGGAUUUGGACAACCGAAUCGUAACGUUUCCGACAAGCAGCGUACCAUGGAAGCUUACUUUGCCGGUCAGAAACCUACGUUGAAUGCCCUGUCCAAAACUUCUUCAUCGCACAACAUUUUGAGGGACAAAUCCGGCAUGUCGCAGAAUAGCGCCAGACCGGUAUCGUACGCUCUGGGACACAGUUACAAUCCUGCGCAGUACAACAUAAUGACUUCGCAGCAUACUGGCAGCAGUUACCAACAGCAGCAGCAGUCGCCAAUGUAUUCGCAGCGAGCGCCACAAAUGACGGUCCACCAACAGCAGCCACAGUACUAUCAACCACCGCUAGGUGGCGGUCUGUCACGUAGCCGAACGAUGCCUCACAUACCGAUGAACAACGUGAGUCUUCUCGACGAAGACAACGUGGAAGAUGCAUUUGAAGAGCUCAUGAGCCAAUCGUUCGCCGUGUAGGCUGUGUCGGGCCACGCUCGUAGCGGCGCAACGAGGUGAACCCCCCGAAGUAGAUUUCCACCGACUCCAGGAGGAGUCACCGGAAGUCGAAACCACCAUUCCAUGUAGUGUUUACUGUGGGAUUUCUGUGUUUUGUUUUCUAUAACCGUAUUCUGAACGACGAACGAAAUCGAAGCAGGCUGUGUGUGAAGACUGCGGUGAGCAACUCGUAGGAAAGAAAAAAACAGUAGGCUGUGUAGAUUUAUUUGUGACCGGAAAAAAAGCGUUAGCGCGUGUGUUUGUGCGACGAAAUCGGUGGAACUCCAAGGCAAGCACCAACAAAUCGAAGACAUUGCCAAAAACCCACAUCAAAACUCUCGCAUGCAGUUGUUUUGCUAAGCCGUUUACUGCAUUCUUACUACUACUACUGUUGUUUUAUUCAUUGGAAACCUCUGUGAAACGCUUGGAUAUGAUGUAUAUGUCAAACGCUUACUCGUGUAACUCGUGUUUGGAAAGAAAACCGGGCAUUUUGUUGUUACGGGGACAUGAACUGACUUUUUUGUGUUUUGGUGAAGAAGUGCCUUUAUCUUUGAAUGAUACGUCGCUGUUACUGUCACAGCCACUUGUGAAGCAAUUUUUGGAUAGAAGACAUUCUAUAGCAAGAGCUUAAACCUCGCCAGAGUGCGCCACUGUCGGAUGAUUCUACUACUACUAUUACCACACUACGGCAAAUCAAAGCAAACUGGUCGUGCAAGCGUCUUUUUAUCUAGAUGUGCAUC